AUUUGCAGUCUCAGAACGCAUACCCCUGAAUGGCUGAUGAGAAGACCUCGCAGCCCAGAUAUGAUUCACUUGUUCAUGUGUUCUGCGGGCCAUGAACGGCUGACUAACUCAGGCACGCUGCGGGAGAAUGCGGGCGCGCCGGUAUCGGGUGGGGCCGAGUUCUAGAGUUUGGGAGGCCAAAGCUGCGAGAAGGUUAAAGAGAGAGAGAGAGUGAGAGAAAAAAAAAAGCCUGAUGAUUAUGCGGCGUGCUAGCGGCUAUGAGCCUCGAUGCUGCUUUGCCGCAGCCACCUUUUCCUCGUCACGCCCGGUUCGCGGUGCCGCCGGACAACCUCCAAUUCGCACCCGGUUUCCUUGGACGUGACACGAGACGAUAUUCUGAGACCUCAUGGCGUGCUGAGACGGGUUGUCGAGACCAGUUUUUCCUUUUUUGUUGAGCGUGUCUUGGAGGGCUUCCGAUCGAGUGGUUCCUGUUCGCCAGAUACCAUUGCUCAGCCCUCGGUCGCCGAAGGGGCUCGUACGACGCCGCUUGCGCAGUCAUACGACCGGGAAGGUCGGCGAUCACGACGCUCUCAUAGAGGGUGUUGCCUUCAUUGUCUUCUCGCUGCAUUUCUUGCUUUUGUUGCUGUUCUCUCUGCACCUUGGCCCUGCCAACGCUGAGAGAGUCAGCGACUGUUGCAACGGAUCAUUGAACAGAGUUUUGAAGACAGUCGACGGACGGGCAGUUGACCGCACAGCGGCGGCAGCAACAACCAUGGGCGCCCAUUCGACCAUCCACGACUCCGACAGGAUGGCGGAGACGGGCCAGGACAGCGACACCACCCAGGUUGACCCCGUUGAGCUGAGCCGGGGCGUGGAUGAGCGCAAGCUGGUGCGCAAGCUCGACCUUCACAUCAUCCCGCUCGUCAUGGGGCUGUACCUGUUCAGCUUCCUCGACAGGGUCAACAUUGGCAACGCGCGGCUGUACGGGCUGGAGAAGGACCUGGGCCUGUCGUCGACGCAGUUCCAGGUCUCCGUGUCCAUCCUGUUCGUCACCUACCUGCUGUGCCAGGUGCCGUCCAACCUGGUGCUCAAGCUCUUCACGCCGCGGCGGUGGAUCACCUUCAUCGUGCUGUCGUGGGGCGCCAUCGCGACGCUCACGGGCCUCGUCAACUCGUACGGCGCGCUGCUCGCGUGCCGGCUGCUGCUGGGCGCCGUCGAGGCCGGGCUCUUCCCGGGGCUCAACAUCUACCUGACCUUCUUCUACGGCAAGCACGAGCUGGCCGUGCGCGUCGGCUACCUGUUUGUGAGCGCCGCCAUUGCCGGCGGCCUGGGCGGCCUGCUGGCCUACGGCAUCGGCCACAUGGACGGCGUGGCCGGCAUGAGCGGCUGGCGCUGGAUCCUCAUCGUCGAGGGCCUGCCGAGCGUCGUGCUCGGCGUCGUGACCUGGUUCGCCCUGCCCAACGACGCGGGCUCGGCCUACUUUCUCACCGACGCGGAAAAGGCCAUGAUGGAGGUGCGCAGGCGGCGCGAGUACGCGAGCACCAAGUCGAGCCAGGAGUUUAGCUUCCGGGAUGUGCGGAGGGCGGCGACCGACUGGAAGGUGUGGGCGUUUUGCGUCGCCGAGUUUGGCGUCGACACGAUGCUGUACGGCUACUCGACGUUUCUGCCAACCAUCAUCGACGACCUGGGCGAGUGGUCGACGGCCGAGGUGCAGCUGCUGACGGUGCCGUGCUACUUCCUGGGCGCCGCCGCCUACAUGUGCAUGGCAUACGUGUCGGACCGGCUGCGCAUGCGCGGCGUCUUCUGCGUCGUCUUCGGGACCAUCAGCGCCGUGGGCUACGCCGUCCUGCUGUCCGACUCGGCGCCGGGGGUGCACUACUUUGCGUGCUUUCUGGUCGCGGGCGGCCUGUACGUCGUCGUCGGUCUGCCGCUGGCAUGGCUGCCAAACAACUCUCCCCGCUAUGGGAAGCGGACGACGGCCACGGGCAUGCAGCUCACCGUGGCGAGUGCGGCAGGCAUCAUGUCGGCCUACAUAUACCCCAAGGGAGACAAGCCGCGGUACAUUCGCGGGCAUGCCGUGUCGCUGAGCAUGGUGGCCAUGGGCACGGCCAUCUACGGCUUCAUGUGGUUUUGGUUCUGGCGGGCGAACCAGCGGCGCGAGGCCGGUGAAAUGAGCGAGAAGCACCGCCAGAUGGACGAGGACGAGCUGAAGGAGCUGGGUGACGACAGCCCGCGGUACCGAUACACGAUAUGACGACGGGAUGAAUGGGCUCGGGAUAGAGGGCGGCUUAAAUGGCGGCAUGGGCCGGGCGAGGCGCGAGCACUCAAUGACGUACGCUUUGCAUCUCAAGGAAGGGCAUACGGCUCUUGGAAAGCAAGGGAUAUUGGUCACUAACGACGGCACGAAGACGAGGGGCAUAAAGAUGAGCCCGUUGCGGCAAGACCAUGCUAGACGGAUAUGCACAUUAGCGCCGUGUUUCUGAGUUCAAUUUCUCAUGGACUUCGCCGAGGGUCGUAGCCGUGACGUUUGCCCCGAAUUAUAUUCGACGCACUUGAGAAUUUCUAAAGCGUAAAGUUGUCCCGCAUGCACUGAGACUGUGCAUUGUAUUAGUACCCCAC